CAUUGGCAACUGUGAGGACCCUAGCGACACGAUAUGAGCAUCUAUCACGACGAGGUGGAAAUCGAGGAUUUCGAAUACGACGAGGAGGAGGAGAUGUACUACUAUCCCUGUCCGUGCGGCGAUCGAUUUCAGAUAUCCAAGGAGGAGCUAAUCGAGGGCGAGGAGGUGGCCACCUGCCCCAGCUGUUCGCUCAUUAUAAAAGUCAUCUAUGAUCCGGAAAUGUUCAAAGCGGAAGAGGAUGAGGAAACCGCACUUAAUGAUAAACUAAGCGACUUGAAGCUGGAAAAGAACUAACUGCCAGCCGGUGGCGUUGUGUUAUUAAAUAGUUUUUAUUUUAUAUAUUUAUAUUGGAUUUUGUUUUAGUGUAAAUAAUACGUUGACUAGUGAACAGGGAUUAAAAAUUAAUACAAGC